CAGCUUUUAUUACCUGACGCAGCUCCGGGGCGGAAGCAGCGCGCGGCUCCCUGCACCAUCCUGGUCCUGAGGACGAUCCGGAUCCGGGACUCUCCCAGCUGGAUUCAGGCUUUGGGCGCUUUUGUGGAACAUUUUGGGAUUUGGCUGCAGUCCGAGCCUGAGAUGGGCUUUGAGCGUGACUCCAGAGCAGAGCGGCUUUAGUCUGGACCCGACCUGCUCCCCCCGGAACCCGGCUGCUGUCCGCCACAGAGAGGGAAUGUUAGCGGUGGGUCAGAUGGACGGGUCCCGACAGAGCGCCUUCCUCCUCAGCACCCCUCCUUUGGCAGCUCUGCACAGCAUGACCGAGAUGAAGACCCCGCUGUACCCGGCCUACCCGCUCUCCUCCAGCGGCCCCAAUUCCUCUACCUCACCGGCCACCACCUCCCCGAACCCGGGCGGUAUGGCCGUGUCCUCCCCGGGGAUCAAGAGCUCCACGGGGCUGUCCUCGGGGCUCGGCUCCCCGCAGCAGUGCUCCUCUGCCACCCCGCACGGAAUAAACGACAUCCUGAACCGACCUACCGUCUCCUGCGCCGGGGCCACGGCCGUCGCGGCCGCCGCCGCCUCCUCCUCGGCGGGGAUCCUGUCGGGACUGCCCCGCUUCAGCAGCCUCAGCCCGCCGCCUCCUCCCGGACUUUACUUCAGCCCCUCUGCGGCCGCCGUGGCGGUGGCCCGGUACCCGAAGCCCCUGGCGGACCUUCCGGGCAGGACGCCCAUCUUCUGGCCGGGGGUGAUGCAGAGCCCGCACUGGAGGGACGCCAGAUUUGCGUGUUCGCCCCAUCAGAACUCCGUCCUACUGGACAAAGACGGCAAACGGAAGCACACGCGGCCCACGUUUUCUGGACAGCAGAUUUUCGCUCUGGAAAAAACUUUUGAACAGACUAAAUACCUGGCGGGGCCGGAGAGAGCGCGGCUCGCCUACUCCCUGGGCAUGACGGAGAGCCAAGUGAAGGUGUGGUUCCAGAACAGACGGACGAAGUGGAGGAAAAAGCACGCGGCGGAGAUGGCCUCCGCCAAGAAGAAGCAGGACUCGGAGACGGAGCGGCUCAAGGGCACCUCGGACAACGAGGACGAGGACGACGACUACAACAAGCCUCUGGACCCGAACUCGGACGACGAGAAGAUCACACAGCUGCUGAAGAAACACAAACCCGCAGGCUCCGCGCUGCUGCUGCACGCGGCCGACACGGACAGCUCCUAACUGGACCGGAACUCCACCAAAAACACCUGAAAAACACCUGAACACACUUUUUAUUUUUACCUGCUUCUAUGGACGGUGGCCCGGACCCGGACCCGCUCACACAGCGGACUCACUGUAAAUACCAGCGUGAGUGUACGAAUAGAAAUGUGAAUAAUUUAAGUGUUUUUCUAUUUUUCCUUUGGGUUUACCCCCCACCCCCUCCUGCUGCGUGUCCCUGAAGGCCUCUCCAUUCAUUCACAUGAGGUGGAGACCCUGAACGCAGCACUUGUACAUACACAAACCGGCGCUUUUUUUUCUGCUCGCACACAUUUUUAUUUAUAUGUUCUGGGUUGUGAGUUGCGCCUGCGCAGUUGUGUACCCCGCAGG